AUGACACCCUCUUUCCUUCACCCUCCCCUCCCCUCCCACUUCCUCGCCUCGCGCCUCGGCGCCGCUGGCAAGACCUACGUCUGCGGACACCGGCUGACCCAUCUCCCGCUCCCGCGGCUCGUAGCCCACUUCCGAGCACCACCUACCAAGCCGCAUGAGGCUGACCAGGACGAGCCAAACUGUGCCGCCUCCCUUCCCCUCCAACAGCCCUGCGCAGCAUGCCAGCUCGCGACAGCCGCCGGCGUCGAGGAGGCCAUUGCGGCACUGCAGUGCGGGCCCGAGGCGCUGGUCGAGCACGAUAUCGUGCAGGCUUUGUCGUUCUCGCUGCUGGAGCUGUACGCGGCGUCUUUGCCCUCGACUGAGUCCGAAUCCGAGUCCGAGUCCGAGACUGAGGAUGGGGAUAGCUUGAACUCCAAGAGCAACAAUAGCUCGCCCACUCCAACCCCCACCCACGAAUGGGACUGGCCCUACCUCUGGGCCGAAUGGGCCAAAGCCUUCGAGUCAAGCCGCAAGCGCGUCCACCUGCCCGAGCUCACCCACAACCUCGAGACCCUGCUCCCGCGCUCCCACUCCCACGACUUGGCCCCAGCGUUCCGGCCCAUGGCCGUCGAGGCGUACACCCAAUAUAAAUGCUGGAUCGAAACGGGAUGCGCGACGGAUCCCGGGGCGGCGAACAUGCGGGCGCUGGAGAGGGAGGCGCGGACGGUGCAGGCGCCGCGGGAGCUGGAGGCGUACCUGUGUCGGGUGGAUGGCUGGGCGCGGAAAAAGAUGUUUUUGAACUUUCGGCUGGAGCCGUUUUACGAUCAGAAGCUGGUGGAGGAGUAG